AGGAAAAGUAAAGUUCAUUAUCAGGUUGCUGUGAUCAUCAACUACCUGGGUCACUGUAUCUCUCUGGGAGCACUGCUGCUGGCCUUCACACUCUUCAUGAGACUCAGGAGUAUCCGCUGUCUGAGGAACAUCAUCCACUGGAAUCUGAUCUCAGCGUUCAUCCUGAGGAACGCUACCUGGUUCAUCGUGCAGUUAACGAUGAACCCCGCUGUUACCGAGAGCAACCAGAUUAACUUUGUCUUCCUGUUCAACAUUGUUCGGAUCCUGAUGACCAAACUGAGGGCGUCUACCACCUCAGAGACCAUCCAGUACAGGAAGGCAGUGAAGGCGACUCUGGUGCUGCUGCCUCUGUUAGGAAUCACCUACAUGUUGUUCUUUGUGAAUCCUGGAGGAGAAGACGAAGUUGCUCAGAUUGUCUUCAUCUACUUCAACUCCAUUCUGGAGUCCUUCCAGGGUUUUUUUGUCUCAGUUUUCUACUGUUUUCUCAACAGUGAGGUGCGCUCUGCGGUCAGGAAGCGUUGGAUUCGUUGGCAGGACCGUCACUCCUUCCGAAGCCGGGCGGUGCGCGCUACAUCACUUCCAACCUCACCGAGCAGAGUGUCCUUCCACAGCAUCAAACAGUCCUCCAACCUCUGACUGACUGACUGACUGACUGACUGACAGACAGAGUCUCUGUUGGAUCUAACUUAUCCAACUACAGUUCGUGGUUUCAUUCCAGUCAGAUGCUUUAUUCUGCAUCAGGACCAGAUUUAACCAACCAGUGGAUCAGUUCAGACCAGCCAAUCACAGUGCAGGACACAGAUUUGUGGAGCCAAUCAGAUGGAGACCUGUAAGUGGAGAGUCUGCAAGGCCCUGCCCCUCUUCCAAUCACCAAUCACUGGACUCGACCAAUCAGCUGCUUCCACAGGGUCACAGACUCUUGUGACAUCAGGCAGCUGGACUGUGUUCAUAUAAUCAAGUUUAUUUAUUGAUUAGUGUUAUUGAUGAGCUAUAUUUGUGUAUAUUGUAAUAUUGAUCACCAGCUUUUUCCUGUUUAACAGAGCUAACAGCACACACACACACACACACACACACACACAGACACACAGUAGAUGGCAGUAAUUAUCUCAAACAGUAAAGAACUCUGGAUGAAGUCCCUGAGCAUUGAUCAUCAUUGAUUAUCUACAAUCAGAAUAUUUUGUUCAACAUGUACUUCAUUAACCACAUUUACUUCAAUAAUCAUAUUUAUUUCAAUCAGGACACUUAAACAGUCAAACAAAAAAGUCUGCAAAAAACAGAACUCUUCCAGAGCUCCACCAGUCCACAAGUCCUGAAUGCAUCACAAAGAGAGCUGCCACCAGGGGGCGCUCUGACCAACUGGAAAUAUUCAUCUUGUUCUGUUGCACUAAAGAACAAAUACCAGCUGAACAUCAGGGGGCGCUAUAACAAAUGUAUUCAUUAUAACAAUUGUAACAAAUUCUGGGGAUUCAUAUUCAUCAUUAUCUAUUAAAAAACAAAAUAAUAUAAUUAAUUGUUUAUAAUGAAUGCAUACAGACACUCCAGGACUUUAUCUUUAAUAUGCUGAUGAUAUGCUUUUGUACUUUGAAUAUUUGCACUUUCCAUGAGACGGACACAGAACAGUAAAAGAAAUAUAUAUUUAUCAUAAAUUGUAAUUGUUGUUGUGCACAUUUGCACAGUUGUAAAUCUUAAAUAAGAGUUUGGGGUUAGAUAGAGGUCAGUAGUACUAACAGUAACCAUAGUUACCGCAGUAACCAUAGUAACCAUAGGUUAGAUAGUUCCUGUAGGUCUGUGUAGAGGAAAAUACUCAGGAUGAAACACAAACUGCUCCUCUUCCUCCUUUUCCCUGAACUCAUCUUCAUCAUUGUGCCUGUGUGUGUGUGUGUGUG